GAAACAACUGUAAAACACUUCAAGCUAGUGAAAUUAGCCACAGCACAGUCUAUGGGCUGUUGGUCAAACAAUUACGACAACACUCCGAUUGACUGCAUAAGAGUCAAAAUCAAAGUUACUAAAAAGAAGAACACAGCCAAAAGAGCUAACUCAAAUCAUCGAAACUAACAAUUUGGAGGAAGCUCUGCAACAAAACUGUUUUGGCAAUUGAUCCAGAUUUUUGAACUUGUACUUGACUUUCAAAAUUAACCUUAUCGAAUUUAAAGAACCGAAGAAGACGUCGAUUUCCAUUGGAAAUUUCAACCACUGACAGUCGUCGUCGUGGGGCCACGUACCCGUAUCCGUGCCUCUCCUAAAACAUAUUUCUCGCCAAGAAAAAGACCAAAUAUAGGAGCAGAAAGAAGCCCAGAAGAGAGCAGAAAGAGAAGAGAAGUGAAUAGGAAACAAUUAGAGAGAGAACGAAAACGAAAGCGUAAGAAAGGGGGAUCGCCAUGGAUACCCAGCUGGAUGCGCGGGUUCAGUUUCCGGCCUCGUUUCCGGAUACAUUCAAGAACUUCUUCGACAUGAUGAACGAAGAUGAGGACCAUGAAGGGCUCUUUGCCCACAUGCUAGAGGAUAAGGUCAUACCCAUACCGCGACCUAAGCCCAGAAAGAUGCACCCGCAGCGAGGACGCUGCGGAGGCAGCCUGCGGAGCCGUGAGGACAGCUUCGAGCGCAGCUACCGGCUGCGGCUGCAGAGGCAGCAGCAACAGCACCAGCAGCAGCUGCUGCAGGAUCAGCAAUACCAACACAGGCAGCAUCUGCAGCAGGUGCACAAUAUGCAGCGCGGUCGACGCGCCAGCAUUAGCGGUGAUGAAUUCUAUCGCGAGACGAGCGAUAUUACUGAAUCGUUGGGCCACUACCACUACUUGGCCUCCGGACGCGUCCACACGCUGCGCUCGAGCAAUGACAGGAACGCUCAGCAUAUCAACAAUCCAGGACGCAGCCAACUCGGCAUUGGACCCAGUGUUCUGAACCCGAAUGUAAGUUCCAGCUCAAGUGGUUCGAUGAGGCAACUGCCGGUGGCUACAACCAGCGGCAGUCACGUACCAGUACCAGUACCAGUACCACUCGGUGAGCAGCGAAUGACACCGCUGACGGGCACCGACCAUCUCAGGUUCAUGCUUCAGGCACAGCCAGAUGUCCGGCUCCAGUUAGAGGCCAGCAGUGUUGUGACGAGUAGUUACACCCCGUCCCCCGCUGAAGCUUCCAGCGAAUAUUGCCCCAGGCACAUUGAACCAUCACCGGACCCGUUGAGAUUCAACCAUCGCCUGCUGCCUGUCAAUGGAGCCAGAGAUGUGGCCGAAGCGGUCAAUGCUUUGGAGCGAAUGGAGCUGCAGGAAGACGGUGAAAAUGUAAACUGUUUGGGGCGUUCUUUUGACUGCGAGAAUUCCCCAAUGUUUGAGAUGGAGCGUGUCGGGGUGGUGCCCCAACGGCUGCUGCCCAUACCACCGGUCCACAGCAGACGGGGCAGCGGCGGCUAUCGCGGCCUACCCGUCGGACAGCCGUGGGUCCAGCAGGACAAUGAUUUGAAUCGAAUCCCUGCUGUCCCCGUGGCGCACGGCCACAACCAAAUCCGUUUUGUGGAGCCACGGAACAUCGAAUCUGUGGAGGACAUCCAGGCUUGGCAGCCGCCGCCGCAAUACGAAGAGUAUAUUUUAGCUGCCCAGCAUCCAGGCGGCAGUCGGCAAGAAAUGGCUCCUCGUAGCUUCGCCACCGAAUCAAGCAUGCAGCACUCGGGCAGGCACUAUGUUCAACCGGAGGUUCAUCCACGCAUCUUGCACAGCGUCGAGCACAGGGAGCUCCCCGAAGGAUCCAGGGUUUUGACCAUGCACCAAGCCAUGAGCGGAGCGGUUUCCCCGCAGUAUGGCAUCGUGGGCGACCACCAGCCCACCGCAUACGGCGAGUUGAGAGCCCACACUGGCAUGGCCGUGGUAAGUGCAAUGUCCAGCGGAGCGGAGGCCAUCGGCUCUGAAGCAGCUGGCUGCAACAUACCAAAACGCGUGCGCCAGGUGCAUAUCGAGCGGGAGCCACCCAUUGGCGGCGAGGCAUCCACAACACAAGGACAGAGGCAUAGUAGCUCGGGCAUCUUAAUGAUGCCUACACUCAGCAGCCGCUUGGCCCCCAGGCAGCGUAGGAGAACAUCCAGCAUGCCGGCCGAGUGCCGCAGGCCACAACAUGCGGAGAUGCGUCAGGCGGUGAAACAUGCCGAAGAAGAUCAGGGCAUCGAGUAUUACCGGCUGCGCAGUUUUAGCAUUACCUCGAAUGGGGUAUGCAAUUUGGGGGACUCCCUGCGAAGCCGCAGGUCACGCUCAAACAACUCAGUGACAUCGGGGGGUACCUCUUCUUACAGCGGCAUUCGAAACAACAAUAGAGACGCAUGGGGUAAUAUCAUCGAUGCACAACAAACACCAUCCGGAGAGCCGCCCACCUUCAAGAUUGCAAUGCUCGGCAGUCCUUCGGUGGGAAAGUCAGCACUAUCGUUCCAGUUCACGACAUCGGACUAUAUCUGCGCCUACGACCUAAGUCUUGAGAUGGAAUAUGGACAGAAGACGGUGUCUGUGCUGGUGGAUGACGUUGAAUCGGACAUUGAAGUUGUGGAUCAUCCCGCAUGCGAGAUGUCGACGGAGGCUUUUUGCGCUACAUACAAUAUCGAUCUGUUCGUGGUCGUCUACUCGGUGUUGGACGUUCGCUCGUUCCGGAACGCGGAGCGCGUCUUGCAUUAUUUGAGGGACAACGACAUGCUGCUCAGCCGCGGUGCCAUAUUGGUGGGGAAUAAGGCGGACCUGGAACGCCAUCGCACUGUGCCCCAAGAGAUCGGCCACAAAGUGGCCACGGAGAUUCCCUGCAAGUUCAUCGAGACGUCGGCCGGGCUGUGCCACAAUGUUAAUGAGCUUUUGGUGGGCGUGGUGGCCCAGGUGAAACUCAAUCCCCAGCGCCUGAGCAUGCUCUCUCCGGCCGACCUGGAGCGCGUGAAUAUGCAGAGCAGCAUCCAAAACCACAGACGCAUGCACCUGGAGCGCCAACUGAGCUUGUACCGCAGCGACCACGGGCUGGGUCCCGAGGCCGAUGUUGACUCCCAUCGGCCGCCAAUCAGUCUGAAAGACAUUCUGAAUGUGGGGGAGAGUGAUCGGGAGGACGGCGACGAAAGCGAGGCCCAGCGGCGACGUCGCUUCCUCACCCAGUUUGAGCUCCUGGCCGCCAAUCUCCGCAACCAUUCGGGGCGACCUUUACCCAUCAGCCCGUUUAGCAAGCGACGGUCCAUCGCGGGCAAUGCCACCGCAACCUCGGACAAUAUGUUCCCGAGACUACAGCGCCGGGCCACGGACGAUUCGCAUCUGGGUGGCGGCAUCUCGACUCGGUCGGAGUGCAGAAAACCGCUGUUCCACUUCAGUUGCAAUGGCAGGGUGAAGAAGAUGACGGCACGCACCAAGGGGUUUGUUUCGUCGCUGCUGCGCUUCAAGGCCUCCCACUGGCUAAGUCGGCGCACCUCCUCCAGCUGCACCGAUCUCUUUGGGAUCUAA